AUGGAAGCACUCCUAUCUGGCUUCGCUGAGAAACAGUGCACCGUCGAAACCCCCAGAGCAACAGAACCACCAGUUAGCCCACCCGGUCUGGAAAAAGAGCUUGCCAAUCUCCUCAUAUCAGACUCUGGCGAACAGAAAUUCGUCGGACCCUCGGAAUUUUCUCUCUUCUCCCCUCGAGGUCUGGCUUGGAUCCGGCGCAAGACUGGAUCAAACCGUGUGGCGGCCAUCGUACAGAAGUAUCAGCAAGUCGGUCCCCUAUGGCCCUCACAUCGGAUCGGCUAUCUAUCGCAGGCCGAACAUGCUACUAAGUGCCCCCUCCCGAGCAAAGGGGCAGCUGUACGGCUCGUCAACAAUUAUUUUACGACUUUCAACUCUAUACUUCCUCUAUUCGACCAGGAAUCAUUCUGGAUUCAAUUCCAUCAGCUAUAUUCAGCUAACCCCCCGGCAAAGGGACCGUGGUAUGGCGCAGUGAAUGUUGUUCUGUCCAUCGGGUGCAUUACCGCCACAGAACCCAUCUGGAGUAUCGUCCGCGACUCUGACCCGUCUUACUUCUCUAAUGUCAUGGACGUAUCAUGGAAGCUUUUUCAAAACGCUUCGUCGGUCCUGCUAGAUAUCCUCCUGGGUGCCAACGGCUUGGUGGGUGUGCAGGCAGUAAUUGGAAUGGCUUUCAUCAUGCAGGCAGUCCUAAAUCCAGAGGGUGCGUUUACCUUGCUCGGAAUUGCUGCUCGACUGAGCUAUGCUCGUGGUCUGCAUCGCUAUCUUGAAGGCUUCGGCCUGUCUCAAGCAGAGCUUGUGCAGCGUCAGAGGGUUUUUUGGAUAUUGUACAUCCUGGAAAAAGAUCUGUCGAGCCGGAUCGGAAGACCCUCUUGUAUUGAUGACGACGACAUUGGCUUCGGUUUUCCUGGCGAACAAUCGCACGGUACCGAUGGCAUUACCAUAUCAAGUGCUGCCUCUGGCGAUACGAAGUUCUACCCUUUUCACCAUAUGUGUGUGCUUGCGCGCAUUGAGAGUCAAGUGUACAAAGAACUAUAUGCGUAUUCUGCGCGCCUAAAAACGACGAGCGAGAGACUCGAAUCUAUCAGCAGGCUGGAUGCAGAGCUUCAAGAGUGGAAGGAGAGCUUCCCUGUGGAGAUCAGACCGGAACAUCCUAUCCAAUGUGAGUCGGAGAACAGAUUUUCGAUCGUCGUUCUUCACUUUGGAUACUAUCACUGCGUGAGAGCUGUCCACCGUGUCAAUGCACACCAUGAAUUGUGGUCGUUGGAGGCUGAUGAAACUGAGAACACCGAUUCGAAUCCCGCCACUUUCACCCCCGAUGCUCCAAGCCCUGAUGAUGCAAUGAACGUCAAGGUCAAUUCAUCCUAUGCGCUAUGUCUGGCAGCAGCGCGAUCGAUCCUACAUCUCUCAGUAGUGUAUUUGCAGAAUUGGAAAGAUCCCAGGAACACUCUGAUAUGGAUAAGUCCAUACUUUCCCUUCUCAGCAUUCUUGACACUGUUCGCCUUCAUGUUGAAUGCCCCUCUGGAUCCAAAGGUGACCGCGGAUCAAGCUCUUAUGGAGGCAACAUUGAGCUGCAUCGAUGGAAUGCUACACACAAUGGACAGGGAAACCAUGACCUUUUUUGCGGAUAUUGCGAGCGAGCUUCUCACAGUUGCCAAACAGCAUGUCGAGAAUGCCCGUGCCCGCGUGGCUCAAGAGAAGGACAAGGGCCCAACAAUGCCGGAAACCCUCGCUGGGACGCCUUUUACCGGCUUCGCCCAAAAUGACGCUGCUGCUUACACCGCCAUGGGAAGUAAUAUACAAUCGUCGGUUCUGACCAGUUCGAAUCCGCAACAGGAUCCUCUGGUUUCAACCGCCACUAAUCUGCAGAGUGGAUUCGACUACACGGGUAUUGACCCUGCUAUGAAUCCGCUGUAUGCAACAAAUGAUGCUUUUGAUCCAGGCAUGAUGAACGAUGGCCAAUUUUCGAUACAACAAAACUUGAUGGACGAUCCAUUCUUCUUCAUGGAGGACGCUGGUUGGGACUGGAGCUAUUGA